AUGAGCCUCUCAAGUGUUUAUCUUGUCCUCUUUCUUACCUUACCGAAUCUGCCUCUUAACGUUGCUUCUUAUUCCACUGAUGAAGCAAAUGCUCUUCUCAGAUGGAAGGCUAGCCUUCACAGCAAAACCAACCCUCUCUUGUCUUCAUGGCCUGCAAACAAAACAAGUCCUUGCGACUGGAUCGGAGUUUCUUGCAGCGACGCCCGGAAAGUCACUGGAAUAUACCUUGCCAGUUCAGGACUGAUUGGUACACUCCAAAAAUUUCCCUUCUCAUCAUUCCCCAAUCUUUUGUACUUCAAUCUUAGCAUGAAUGAACUUUUUGGUUCAAUCCCACCAGAACUCAGUCAGCUCUACAAGCUCAUCUACCUUGACUUGUCGACUAAUCGGUUCUCGGGGAAAACUCCGUCCUCAAUUGGUCUGUUAACUCAUCUUGAGGUCCUUAACCUCUCUGAAAACGAACUCAGUGGCUCAAUUCCUCAAGAAUUAGGCCAACUGGAGUCCCUUAAUAAGCUUUCCCUCCACAACAACAAUCUACAUGGACACAUUCCAUCUUCUUUUGGCAAUUUAACCAAUCUCACUCAUUUGUAUCUCUACAAUAAUCCACUAUCUGGCUCCAUCCCACUUGAACUUAAUCGGCGGCUCUACGAACGCAGCAACCAUGAUUUGUGGAAUAAUCAAUAUUCAGAUAAGAUUCAUGGACGAGAAGUAGCAGAGAUUAAGAUGGAGACGGUGAUGGUGAUGAUUGAGAGUAGCUAUGGAGCAUCUAUGAUGGUUAGUUAUGAAUAUAUUUUGAAGUUCCAAGAUAUGGUUAUUAUGGACGAAAAUAGGUAUCUGCCAGAAAUAAUAUUUGGGAAGGAAAUUGUAGAAUGA